UUAGUGACGGAAGCGCAUUGAAAUUGUUGUCGACUUCGGAUUCAAGAUGGGUCGCUACGCUAAGGAACCCGACAAUGCCUCCAAAUCGUGCAAAUCGCGUGGUUCGAACCUACGGGUACAUUUCAAGAACACCCGCGAAACGGCACUAGCCAUCAAGCGUAUGCCGCUCCGCCGUGCUCAGCGUUUCCUGAAGAACGUUAUUGAGAAGAAGGAAUGUGUACCGUUCCGCCGAUUCAAUGGCGGUGUUGGCCGUUGCGCUCAAGCCAAGCACUGGGGCACGUCGGUUGGCCGUUGGCCGAAGAAAUCGGCCGAGUUUUUGCUGCAGUUGCUGAAAAACGCCGAAGCUAACGCCGACUACAAGGGGCUGGACGUGGACCGGCUAGUGAUUAAUCACAUCCAGGUGAACCGCGCACCCUGCCUGCGUCGCCGCACGUACCGUGCGCACGGUCGCAUCAAUCCCUACAUGUCGUCGCCAUGCCACAUCGAGCUGUCGCUGACGGAGAAGGAGGAUGUUGUAACGAAGGCAACCGAUGAUUCGGAGCAGGCGAAGAAAAAGCUGUCCAAGAAGAAGCUGCAGAGGCAAAAGGAGAAGAUGAUGCGCAACGAAUGAGGAGGAUUAGCGUGAACCCUUGCGCCGCGUGUAAAACUUGAGUUCUUUUUGAGCGGCGAAUAAAACUGUCAACAAA